AUGAAGAUCUCAGUUGACACAAUCAACAAGCUUCAACACGAUGCUUCUUGUAUUAGAAAUAUUUGUAUUUUGGCACAUGUCGACCACGGCAAAACCACGCUUAGUGAUUCUUUAUUGGCCACCAAUGGUAUAAUAUCACAAAGAAUGGCUGGUAAAGUACGAUACUUGGACUCAAGAGAAGAUGAGCAAACAAGAGGAAUAACAAUGGAAGCCUCGGCAAUAUCAUUGUACUUUAAAGUUAUGAAAGUGAACAACGCAGGCGAUAAACACCAAGCCAAUGGCGAGAAAGGUGUUGAUAGCCACGAUGACGGUGAGAGCCAUGAAAACAAGCCAGAACCUAAAAUAAAAGAGCAUUUGAUCAACUUGAUUGAUUCCCCAGGCCACAUUGAUUUCUCAUCCGAAGUAAGCACGUCUUCACGUCUAUGUGAUGGUGCAAUUGUCCUAGUCGAUGCCGUAGAAGGUGUCUGUUCACAAACUAUCAACGUGUUGCGUCAAUGCUGGAUUGAUAAUUUGAAACCUUUGCUUGUGAUUAACAAGAUAGAUAGGUUAAUUAUAGAAUGGAAAAUGAGUCCCCUGGAAGCGUACCAACACGUUUCAAGAAUUAUCGAACAAGUCAACUCGGUAAUUGGUUCUUUUUACGCAGGAGAUAGAUUAGAAGACGAUCUCAAUUGGAGAGAAGCGGGCGAAAUUGGAGAAUUCGUUGAGAAAGAUGAUGAACAUUUAUACUUUACACCAGAGAGAAACAAUGUGAUCUUUGCCUCCGCCGUCGACGGCUGGGCUUUCUCAAUCAAUACUUUUGCAAGGAUCUACCUGAAAAAAUUGGGGUUUUCUCAAGCUGUUUUAGCAAAGACUUUAUGGGGUGAUUUCCAUUUGGAUAUGAAGAAUAAAAAGAUUUUACCUGGCAAGAAAAUAAAAUCUAAACAAUCCAAGCCAUUAUUUAUUUCAUUGAUCUUGGAACCAAUAUGGGCUGUGUAUCAAAAUUGCGUAAUCGAAAGAGACCAAGAAAAAUUGGAGAAAAUCAUUGAGAAACUACAAGCCAAAUUGUCACCCCGGGAUUUAAAGUCUAAGGACCACAAACAAGUAUUGAAUCAAAUAAUGACACAAUGGAUCCCACUCAGUCAUGCUGUCUUGGGUGCAGUCAUUGAUUACUUGCCCAGUCCCGUUAUAGCACAGAAGGAGAAAACUGACAAGUUGCUUAAUGAAUCUCUUUAUGCAUCGAUUCAAUCCGAAUCCGAACUCGAUACAGUGGCACAUUCCAAAAUAGUACAGUCAAUGCGCGAUUGUGAUAACUCUCUUGCUGACCAACAAACAGUAGCUUAUGUCUCCAAACUUAUUUCCGUUCCUAAUGCCGAAUUGCCAAAAGACACCAUUCCGGGAUCAGAGGCAACGGCUGAUGAACUUAAAGAAAGAAGUAGAAUUGCAAGAGAAUUGGCUAAAAGGGCAUCGGAAGAAGCAGCAGCAGCUCAACAAGAUUUGCAAAUUAGCACUGAAAGUGAUUUAUACAAUGUAAAAGCAUCAAAGGACCCAUUUCAAUGGGAAUUUGAAGAAGAAGAUUUUGAAAUUGGGAAUGCUGCUGCUAAUGACGAGGAUGACAUUGCUACGGCAAAUGAUGAAACGCUAAUUGGAUUUACUCGUGUGUACUCAGGAGCAUUAUACAAGGGCCAGAGAAUCACUGUAGUGGGUCCAAAAUACAAUCCUGCUUUAUCGCAAGAUGACCCUGGUAACCAAAGUCAACUCGUGCACGAGGUUGAAAUAAAGGAUUUAUUUUUAAUCAUGGGACGAGAAUUAGUGAGAAUGGAACAGGUUCCGGCAGGAAAUAUUGUUGGUGUGGUUGGAUUAGACGAGGCAUUGUUGAAGAAUGGAACUUUAAGCUCAAAUAUUCCAUUGGACCAGCCAUAUAUCAACUUGGCAUCUACUUCAACCAUGAUUCAUAAUAAACCAAUCAUGAAAAUUGCAGUUGAGCCGGCCAAUCCAUCCAAGUUGGCCAAAUUAGAAAGAGGCUUGGACCUUCUAUCCAAAGCAGACCCAAUAUUGGAAUGGUAUGUGGAUGAUGAGUCGGGUGAAUUGAUUGUAUGUGUUGCUGGUGAGCUUCAUUUAGAAAGAUGCUUAAAGGAUUUAGAAGAACGAUUUGCCAAAGGAUGCGAAGUUACCGUUAAGGAACCGGUAAUUCCAUUUAGAGAAACUUUAGCUGACGACAAAAUCAAUGCUGAUUCUCAAGAGUUACAAGACAAUGGUACUGAUGAAAGCCUCGUUGAGGAUGACUUGGUGCAAUUGAAAUUUGAUGUAAAGCCACUUCCAAAGUCAAUCACAUCGUUUUUAAUUCAAAAUGAAGCGACCAUCAGUUCAAUGGUCAGGAAUAGAGCUGCUCCUGGUAAUACUGAUAACAAUAAGGAAGUAAAGAGGUCAUUUAAAGAAAAUUUAAUCAAUUUAUUUGACGAAGAAAAAGAAGAAUUCAACUGCGAUUAUAUGGAUUCUACUCAACUUGUUGAUAAUAUAAUUAGUUUUGGUCCAAAGAGGAUUGGUCCCAACAUCUUUAUCGAUGGAACCCAUUCUUUCCGCCACAUACUCGAAACUGAAGUGAAAGAAAAAUUUGAUUAUGAAACCCAAAUUCUUGGUGGUGUACAACUCGCCAUGAACGAGGGUCCGUUGGCUGCCGAACCUUUGCAGGGUCUUGCUGUGGUUAUAACAAAAGCUCAGAUAACUACACAACUUGGUGAAGAAAAGAAAUUUGUCAAUACGGGUCGGAUCAUAAACCAGACCAAGAAUUUGAUACAUAAAGAGUUCUUAAAGAAAUCACCUCGUUUGAUGUUGGCGAUGUACACUUGUGAAAUUCAAGCUGCCACGGAGGUGCUUGGGAAAGUAUAUGCGGUUGUUCAGAAACGUGAAGGCUCCAUCAUCUCGGAGGAAAUGAAAGAAGGUACCCCUUUUUUCACCAUUGUGGCACGUGUACCAGUCAUACAAGCCUUUGGAUUUAGUGAAGAUAUCAGGAAAAAAACAUCUGGAGCAGCCAGUCCUCAAUUGGUAUUUGAUGGAUUUGAUAUGUUAGAUUUCGAUCCGUUCUGGGUACCUCAAACGGAAGAGGAAUUAGAGGAAUUGGGAGAGUUUGCAGAACGUGAAAAUAUUGCGAGACGAUACAUGAAUAAAAUAAGAAGAAGAAAAGGUUUAUUUGUUGAUGAGAAGGUGGUGAACAAGGCUGAGAAGCAAAGGACUUUGAAAAAAGAUUAA